GCACAUUCCAAAGUAUUUCCAGUCUCACUGUCAGUAGAAAAAUUGACCCCAUAGCUGCAAUAUGGCCCGUCUUGAUCCCGCUUCAAGCGACGAUGAUGCUCCGGAAGCAGUUUCUCACUCUAUUUCCAAACGGAAUGCCAAGCGAGAGAAGAAAACCCUUCGUGACUUUGAGGCAGAAGAAAACGCGCGGAAGAAGGCACAAAACCGGGAAAGAGAUCGGAAAUUGAAGGAGCGGGCGGUUGUCACGCGUCUGGGGAAGCUCUCAGAUAAUACAAUGCAGAAGGGAAAGCGGAAAGUUCCAAGGGAAUCUAAUAUCGAAAGUGAUGGGUCCUCCGGUCAGGAGGAUGAUGUUCCUAAGGAUAACAGGUUGGAAAUGCGAAUGCGCCGCGCAAUGGAGGACGCUGCUACUGAAAUUGACGACGGAGAUGACGGGAAUGGCGACGGUGAGCUAGAAAAUUUGAUGGACAGAGGAUCAAGCGAAAGUGGAAUAGAUGAAGAGAUGGCAGAGUUCAAUGCCGAAAGCGGAUCAGAUGAGGAUGAGGAGAUGGCGAGUGGCAGUGAGGACGAAUCAGAAGACGAAGAUCGGCCUCCGUUAACGAAGUCAUCGGCCAAAGGACAAUAUCUGGAAGAUACACUUUUCGCGUCUGCAUUUGCUUCGCAAAGUGCGCAUGCAAUGGCAGAUUCUACUGCAACCAAGGCACUACAAAAAGUGCUACCAUCAAGAAAACGGCAACGACGGCCACUUGCGCGUGCCAAAGACAUUCUUGUCGGAACUCGUACCAUCCGUACCCUGCCCGAUUCACUUGGGUCCAAAGUUCGUUCGACAGCUCACACCAUCCCAUCACAAAAAAUACGCAAAUUUAUCGAUCAAAGUCUUGCUAUUAAAGGUCGGUUGGCGUCUGCUAAAGCAAAAGCACGAGGAUGGGAGAGACGGCCAGCGAAUGUCGGUGUAAUGAAAUGGACUGGAGCACCUUCUGGUUUUGUUCGCGAUAAGCAAUAAUGCAACGCGCCUACUAGUUGCGACAAUUAAACCCAAAGACGAAGCUCCGAAUGGCGAUCGAUUAGGGCACCUGUUACAUUCAGGAAUCUCAUGGAGAGGGAUAUCUCACGACUGUUCAUCUGAGAUGGAAGACGUUGACUAGUCAUUCGCAGUGACCGUUGUAUCCGAGAGAUUUACUCAGUAGCUUCUUCGUGCAGACCUUACUGGAGGCUUGGACUUACAAUGAUUCCAAGUAGAAGCGUAGCUAGUAAGUUACAAUUGUUUCGAUAAAUUCGUGGAAAUGGAAAACUGAUGACGGCCGUCCACCCUC